AGAAAAGGUUUCAUGUUCUCACAGUCUUUAGCGGAAUUGUAGAAAUUUCAUUUCUCCAUCUAAUCCAGUUCUUUCUCUUGUCGUCUGCUGUCUCCUGGUUUUGCCACGCCCACCUUCCAGAAGCCCCAAAGGUGAUUUUUCAAGAGGCAGCUGGACUUUCACAACAAAGUCCAGUUGCCUCUUGAAAAAGCACCUUUGGGACAACCGUGACCUGGAUGACUGAAAACCUCCAUGGACAUCCAUUAUCCAGAACUUUUUUCCCUCAUUAUUGUUAUUUAAUGGGGAACCCCAAAUAUUCUCAGAGAGUCUACUUCUAAAUAGUUUGGUGUGAGCUCUAACCAUCUCCCAAUCUUAAUUCCAACAGGAUCUGAAUGGAAAAGUGUAACAGAGGGGCAACUAUGUGGGAAUUUCUCUGAAGAAACUGAGCAGGAACCCUUUGAAGAGAAAGUCUGGAACCGAAUUCAACCCUCACACCAAGAAGGAAGCCAACAAGAAGAAUGGAUCGAUAAACCCCUUCCUUGUUCCGUUGGAGAGUUCCAUCAAAUCUCACUGCAGCAAAAAAAAAAAAAAAAAAAACCAGGAAGGAGAGGAAAGAAAUGGAUGUCUCAGUGAUCCCUGGGAAAUAUCUGCCGAGAUUGAAUCCCAGAAAAGUAUUUUGGGGAAGAACACCAGAGACAGGGAAAUACUUUAUAAAGAAGAGAGUUCAUAUGCAUUUCUGGAAAACCAAGAGAAGUUUCUAGUUCCUUUAUUCCUCCAUCGUAUCAGGCUGUCCAUGCUGAUGGACAACAUCAACCCUCCGAUUUCAGCAAAAGCUUUCAUGGUCCAUCCAACCUGCUGACACCGCCGAGAAUCCCUAAAGUGGAGAAGUUGUAUAAAUGCUUGGAAUGCGGGAAGUCCUUCAGUCGCAGCGCCCAUCUGAUGUCCCACCAGAUCAUCCACACCGGAGAAAAGCCGUAUACGUGUUUAGAGUGUGGGAAGAGCUUCGUUCAGAGCGCCCACCUCGCCUCCCAUCAAAUUAUCCACACAGGGGAGAAGCCGUACCAGUGCUCGGAAUGCGGGAAAAGUUUCAACAAGAGCACCAACUUCGUGAGGCAUCAGAAGAUCCACAAAGGAGAGAAGCCGCAUCAGUGCGCCGAUUGCAACAAGACUUUUUCUGACAAACCGAGUCUCAUUCAGCACCAAAGGGUUCACACGGGGGAGAGGCCAUACAAAUGUUACGAGUGUGGGAAGAGUUUCAGUCAUAGGGGCAGCCUCAAUGCGCAUCAGCGGAUGCACACGGGGGAGAAGCCGUACGGCUGCAAGGACUGUGGGAAGAGCUUUCGGGAUCAGUCCAGCCUUAUUAGACAUAAGAGAACCCACACCGGGGAGAAACCCUACACCUGCUCCGAGUGUGGGAAAAGCUUCAGUUAUUGCGCCCAUCUGACGUCCCACGAGAUCAUCCACACUGGAGAAAAGCCAUAUACAUGUUUAGAGUGUGGGAAGAGCUUCGUUCAGAGCGCCCACCUUGCCUGCCAUCAAAUUAUCCAUGGGGAGAAGCCGUACCAGUGCUUGGAGUGCGGGAAAAGUUUCAACAAGAGCACCAACUUUGUGAGGCAUCAGAAGAUCCACAAAGGAGAGAAGCCGCAUCAGUGCGCCGAUUGCAACAAGACUUUUUCCGACAAACCGAGUCUCAUUCAGCACCAAAGGGUUCACACGGGGGAGAGGCCCUACAAAUGCUACGAGUGCGGGAAGAGCUUCAGUCACAGGGGCUGCCUCAAUGCGCAUCAGCGAAUGCACAUGGAGGAGAAGCCGUACGGCUGCACGGACUGUGGGAAGAGCUUUCGGGUUCAGUCCAGCCUUAUUAGACAUAAGAGAACCCACACUGGGGAGAAGCCCUACACCUGCUCCGAGUGUGGGAAAAGCUUCACCCAGAGCACAACCCUGACUUUGCAUCAAAGGGUGCACACUGACGGGAAGCUUCCAGAAGAGUCUCCCCAAAUGCUUAACACGGGGAUGGCCGUGUUAGUCUUUCCACCAAAUCCUGCAAAUGGUUUAGUGGCGCUUGAAAGCUAA